AUGGAAGGAUCGAAUGAAGGUUCCGGUUUUGAAGACUUCAUGUUCUGCGAGGAAACUCAAACUUUAAGCUAUGACGAAGCAUUUUCUGAUUUGAUAUUAGGUGUUUACAGCUCUGAGAAAGAAGCAUAUGCGAAAUAUUGCCAGUACGCGCAUUCAACUGGAUUUAGUGUUAGGAAAGAUCAUCACCAUUUCUGGCCAAAUACAAGGUUAAUCAAAUCAAAGGAUUUUGUAUGUUCUAAAGCAGGUUUCAAGAAGGAGAAUGAAAGCGGUACCAAGUUAAAAUAUCGAAGAUCAUGUACAAGAACUGGAUGUCCAGCCAUGGUUAGAUUUUCCGUGAGUCAAGAGGGGCUUUGGUCAGUGAAGAAAUCUGUAGAGAGUCACAAUCACGAAUUGGCUAGGCCGGAUGAUCAACAUCUGCUCAGGUCGGCUAGGUCUAUUAGUGAAGAUAAUUCAUCUGUUUUGAAAUCUAUGACAGAAGCGGGUAUAAGAACUGUCGAUGCAUUUACGUACCUAUCUGAUGAAGUUGGAGGUGUGGCUAAUCUUGGUUUUACGAAGCGGGAUGCGUACAACCACAUCCAGAAAGAAAGAAGAGCAAAGUUUGAGAGUGGAGACACUAAUUCACUUAUAAAGUUGUUUAAAGAACGGGCUAUUGAUGACCACAUGUUUGCAUGGGAUGUUGAAACAGAUGAAGAUGGAUGUCUUUUGAACGAGAAACAUGAUCAAAGGCCUUACUAA